AGGAGGAGGAGGAGGAGGAUGUGGCGCGCGGAGGGGAAAUGGCUGCCGAAAACAAGCCGGAAGGACUGAAGAAAAUUCGUAAUCCGGAUCGAAUGUACAGAUCAGCUGUGUGUUAUUCCGGCCAUGCUGCUCCUAAGGGUGUCAGUGAUGACACAGAGAUGAACAAUGAACAUGGACAUUUGAAAAUAUACCUGCCCAAAAAGCUGCUUGAAUGUCUACCAAAAUGCUCCUCGUUGCCAAAAGAGAGACACCGGUGGAACACGAAUGAGGAAAUCGCAGCUUACUUGAUAACCUUCGAGAAGCAUGAUGAAUGGUUAACAACAUCCCCUAAAACAAGGCCACAGAAUGGGUCGAUGAUACUGUACAACCGUAAAAAGGUGAAAUACAGGAAAGACGGCUACUGCUGGAAGAAGAGGAAAGAUGGCAAGACCACGCGAGAGGAUCACAUGAAGCUGAAAGUGCAGGGUGUCGAGUGUCUCUACGGCUGUUACGUGCACUCCUCCAUCAUUCCCACCUUCCACCGCAGGUGCUACUGGCUGCUGCAGAAUCCAGACAUCGUCUUGGUGCACUACUUAAACGUACCGGCCAUAGAGGACUGUGGGAAACCAUGCGGGCCCAUCCUGUGCUCUAUCAACACAGACAAGAAAGAAUGGGCCAAGUGGACCAAGGAGGAGCUUGUCGGACAGCUCAAACCGAUGUUUCAUGGCAUCAAGUGGACUUGCAGCAAUGGGAACAGCAGCUCUGGUUUCUCAGUGGAGCAGCUGGUGCAGCAGAUACUGGACAGUCAUCAGACCAAACCUCCUCCUCGGACUCACAACUGCCUCUGCACAGGCACACUCGGUGCUGGAAGCAGUGUGCACCACAAGUGUAACAGUGCCAAGCACCGUAUCAUCUCUCCUAAAGUGGACCCUCGCACUGGCACCUACAGCAGUGGUCACUCUGAGCUGCAAAACAGUGAUGUGUCAGAAGGCAAAACAGAACACAGCCACGCUGGGGGAAAAUCCGGCACAGGGGCCACAGGAGGGGGCACAUCACGGGAAAAACGCAAUGGAAAGGUGCAUAAGCCUGUACUACUUCACCAGAAUAGCACUGAGGUCUCAUCUACCAACCAGGUGGAAGUUCCAGAUACCACCCAGAGCUCGCCCGUGUCCAUCAGUAGUGGCCUCAACUCAGACCCUGAUAUGGCCGACAGCCCUGCUGUUACAGGAAUGAGUCAUGUGGCCUCAGUAAUGAACAGCCUAUCUCAGAGUGUCUUCAUGUCAGAGGUACCAGGCGAUCCAGUCUACAGCAUGUCCCCUACAGGAGGUGCUAAUGCUCACCUCAUGGGUCCUGAUGCCACUUCCCAUGGACUUGUGCUCACUGUCACCUCUGACAGCCAUAAGUUUGCCUUUCCAGGCAGUGGGGGCACAGAAGCAGGUACAGCAGGAGCCGCAGAUGGACUUGCGAUGCUCGCUGCAGCUGGGGUUUCUGAGGAGCUUGUCCUUUCAAGCACCCUGGAUUCGAACAACAUCAAGCUACCAGAAACCACCAUGAAUUUUGACCCAGACUGCUUCUUAAAUAACCCGAAACAGGGGCAAACUUAUGGGGGCAGCGGACUGAAGCAAGAGAAUGGCUCUUCAGGUACCUCCUCCUCCGUGGCCAAUACCAACGGCCUACAGCACUCUCCAUCAAUGUCAAACUCUAGCUUCAGCUUCAGCUCAGAGAUCAUCAAGAACAUCAAGACUGAGGACACCUCCUUUGAACAGCAACUCGCCAAGGAAAGUGGCUACCAGAUAGGGGCAGUAGUCAGUUGUAGUGUAUCCAAUGGUUCAGGCUCACAGAACUCAUUAACAUUAACCCCAGCAGGCUCACUGCUGCCUUCUGGAGGAGGACUGAGUCCCAGCACCACACUGGAGCAAAUGGACUUUAGUGCAAUUGAUGCAAAACCUGACUUCUCCUCCAGUACAUCAGUGGGUUAUGACCAGGGGAUGACCAACACUCACCUGGCGCAUCAAAGUCACUCACCCAGUUUCUUCCUUCAGGACAGACCACAGUCAGCCCAGAACCAGCAAGGCAGGCAAAAUUCAGGCCAGAAGAGCCAUUUACUGGAGCACAACUCCCAUGACAGGUCCUAUAUGGGAUUACAGGUGGUCAAAACAGACUCACCUGGUACCAAUGGCCACCUACACCACCACCAUGGCCACCAGAACCAGCACAGACCUAACUGCAAUGGAAGCUCAGCUACAGAGAACCAAGGGCAGAGUGGAUCCCUUCAAUUACUACACUAUCCAGGAAGCUUUUCCAGUCUUGGAACAGAGCAUGAGGAUGUCAUCGGUCAUGAUCAGACUGGGAGUACGGCUUCCAGUCAGGCCAGUAGUGUUGAGACCAGAUCAGAUGGCUUACUCAAGCCUGGGGAUCACCUCCAGGCCUGUGCGGGGGGGAACACAGAGAGUGGAGGAUCAGAGCGCUACCUGCAACAAGGGUCUGAGAAUGGAGUAAGCAAUGAAGCUGUGGCUCUAAGGAAUGGGAAUUCCAGUGACAACACAAAUGGCCAGCAGCAGUUGCAGCCUCUUCUACAGGGUGCUGCGCUGGUACAGGGGCUUUACAAUACAGUGGGGACCCACCAGAGUCUGAGUGGAGCCGGAGCUGGCAGCACUGGGGGCAACGGCAUGGAAAUCAGCCUGGAUCAUUUUGACAUCUCCUUCGGCAACCAGUUUUCUGACCUCAUCAAUGACUUCAUUUCAGUUGAUGGAGGAGUCACUGCUGUGGGUUCUGGUGGGGCACUCUAUGCCCACCAGCUGGUGGCACCACCUGGCUCAGAUGGGCAGGCAGCCUCAGGAGGAAACCAGCAGCAGGGCCAGAGGGAUGGGAACAACAGAGCAACAGGAUAUAGCACAUCUGACCUCUGCCUCCAGCCUUGUUGUAGUCCCCAGGGUCUAGGUGGUGGAACAGCUGGUGCAGGGGCCUCAGGGGACACGGGCUCGCUUUCCUACAUGCAUGUAGCCGAUGUUGUAUCAGCAGCAGUGGCUCAAGGCACACUGAGUAUGCUGCAGGCCACAGGGAGGCUCUUUAUGGUGACUGACUACUCCCCAGAAUGGUCCUAUCCUGAGGGUGGGGUUAAGGUGCUGAUCACUGGCCCAUGGCAGGAGGCUAGCAGUCAGUACAGCUGUCUGUUUGAUCAGAUCUCUAUCCCAGCUUCGCUGAUCCAACCUGGGGUUCUGCGUUGUUACUGUCCUGCUCAUGACACAGGGCUGGUGACUCUGCAGGUGGCAGUCAGUAAUCAGAUCAUCUCAAACUCUGUGGUGUUUGAGUACAAGGCCCGUGCACUGCCCUCUCUGCCUUCAUCCCAGCACGACUGGCUCUCUCUGGACGAUAACCAGUUCAGAAUGUCCAUCCUCGAGCGCCUGGAGCAGAUGGAGCGCAGGAUGGCCGAGAUGGCAGGCCAGCAGCAGCAGCAAAGCAAUGGAGCAGCUGGAGGAGCUGGUGCAGGGGCAGGAGGGGCAGGAGGAGCAGGAGGUGGUGGAAAUGGAGGGAACAGCAGUAGCAGUCAGUCUCAGUGUCUGUCAGUCCAGGGACAGGCGGGCAGCUCGUUUGAGAGUCGUGUGGUUGUCGUGUGUGAGAAGAUGAUGAACCGUGCCUGCUGGGCCAAAUCCAAACACCUGAUCCACUCGAAAACCUUCCGUGGAAUGACCCUGCUGCAUCUUGCUGCCGGACAAGGCUACGCCACACUCAUCAAAACGCUCAUCAAGUGGCGCACUAAGCAUGCAGACAGCAUUGAUCUGGAGCUUGAGGUGGACCCACUUAACGUCGACCACUUCUCUUGUACACCCUUGAUGUGGGCCUGUGCUCUGGGUCACCUCGAGGCAGCCGUGGUUUUGUACAAAUGGGACCGCAGAGCUCUGACCAUACCAGACUCUCUGGGUCGUCUGCCACUGUCUAUCGCUCGUUCUCGAGGCCACACCAAACUGGCUGAGUGUCUGGAGCAGCUCCAGAGAGAGGAACAACAGCAGCCUCCCUCGACCCACAUGACCUUUUCUCCUAACUCUGAUGCCCCCUCCUCUGACAACUGGAUUGUCAGCUGGACCAACGACAGCAUGGUGGCUCCUAGCAGUCACAAGAGUGGUGCCUCCAUGACUGCUACCACUAAUUCCUCCAGCAACAUCACUCCCGACUUGAGACGCCCCAGAUCCGAGCCCUCCAGCUACUACAGCAGUGAGUGCCAGCGAGAUCUCCCUGCAGCGAAGAAACACAAACCGAACCCAGACAUGGCUCAGAUGCGACCGAAUAAAGCCGUCUCCGUUCCCUUGAGCCUGGAGCAACAGCAGCUCCACAAACUCACCACCAGCCCAAACACACUUCCUGCAGAAACACCCAGUGCUGAGCAAAACACUGCUGCUGAAGGCACUAAAAUCAGUGGUAUCCCACAAGCCAAGCUGGGCACAUUUCGCACAGGGGGACAUAAAUGGAGCUCCAGGGAGGUCUACAGGUCUAAAGUAUCAGGAGGAGGUGGAGGAAGCAGUAUGGGGAAGGAGAAACUGGUGACCAGGCUGCGUCAGAGAGGGGAGAACCUUAGUAUGAUGACCAUGACUGACAGAGAGAUGGUAGACACUGAGUUGCUUAUCUAUAAAGAGGACUUGGAGAACCAGGACUGUCUUUCACAAAUGGAAGACCUACAGGCAAACAUGAUGACCUUGGCAGAGCACAUAAUUGAGGCAACGCCAGAGCGCAUUAAGAGGGAGAACUUCUCGGCUGUGGAGUCUGUUCCUCUAGACAGCAGCGGCCUGAGCAGCACCAUGAGCUGGCUGGCUACUUACCUGGGAGACGUUGAGCAGCUACCCAGCAUCAUCCAUCUGAGGUCUCUAUAUAGCGAGCCCCUUACCCCCAACCCGGGUCUGAGUCCAGACGGUUCCCCGCAGUGUGAAAGUCCAUUUGACAAGGGUACUCUGCCCUCCCCGGCCAACUGGACCGAGUUCCUGAACGCCACCAACAGCAAGAUGGAGCGAGAGCUGUCACAGCUCACCCUUACCGACCUGGAGCAGAGGGAGCUGUAUGAGGCUGCUCGUCUGGUACAGAGCGCCUUCCGCAAGUACAAGGAACGUCCACUGUGCGAACAGCAGGAAGUAGCAGCUGCUGUCAUUCAGCGCUGUUACAAAAAAUAUAAACAGCUAACAUGGAUAGCAUUGAAGUAUGCACUUUAUAAGAAGAUGACGCAGGCUGCCAUCCUUAUCCAGAGUAAGUUCCGGAGUUACCACGAACAGAAAAAGUUCCAGCAGAGUCGACGGGCGGCUGUGCUGAUCCAGCAAUACUACCGCAGCUACAGAGAGUUCCGUCACCUCGGGCCUCACAGACGCACCCCCACAUCGGCCCUGGUGCAGCACAAGCUCAGAACUAAUUUGCUCACUAAAAGACAGGAGCAGGCUGCCCGCAAGAUCAUGCGAUACCUCCGUCGCUGCCGCCACAGCGCCUUGAUGGACCAUAGACUGUUCAAGCGGGUGAGUGCAGCCUCAGCAACCCAAGUGAGAGAAUUGAAAAAGGCCAGGGAACAUGAGGAUAUCCAGACGAGCCCCAUCGCAAUGUGACAUCCCUCUCCAGACUUCUUUUCCUGUUUUUUUUUUUCUUCUUUUUUCUGUUUGAACCCGACCUUUUACAAGAGGGGAAAAAAAAGGAAAUUCAAGUGGGAAGAGUACAACUCUAUACAGAACUACACAGAACUACAGACUUCUGCUAUUAUACAACACCACUUUUUCAUAUCUCUUUCUUCCUUCUGUCUUUCUUUUAUAAAAGAAAGCGCUGACUUUAAGAGUGGAUUAAAAAACAAAACUCAAUGCGAGGAUGUGAUUGGAGGAGAAACAUGCAUUUGCUUCAUGGCAUUUUUUGCACUUUUUUCAUGGAUUUGGUUUGUUAUUUUGAAGCGCAUUGGAAAGGAAAGGAUGUUGCGACUCUUCAGAGGAUCAGAGAAAGAAGGUGAAGAACAGGUGGAAAGACUGGAAAAAAAUAUAUAUAUUAAAUCGAUAAAGAAACCUGGCAGGUCCUGGCUCAAAUCGUUGUAUGGUGUUUAAACGAAUUUAAUGCUUAGGAAUAUGGUGAGGUAUAUAAUGAAAAUGUCCCAUAAAUCUAUUUACAUCCAGUUUAUAAGAAAAAAAAAAAUGUCACUUAAGUAAAUUAUAAGGCUGCAGCCUGUCAUAUUAGUGAAUGUAGGGGUGAGGCUGAAAAAGGAUAUUUAACAUUUCAGUUAAUGUUAUUCAUCCUUAUAAAGCCCAUCGUAAUCUAAGUGUGAAUUGGAAAAGUGCAAAAUCAGUGCACACAUAAAAGCACUAAAUCUCUGCAGAAGAAAAACAAUACAUUAUGUCUGUGUCUAUGAAUUUAUUUUUAACCCCUUAUUGAAUGUAAUGAAAACGAUAAUGUUCCUUUUAAGGCAGUUUGCUACAGUAUGGACCUUUUUAUUCUCUUUUUGAAAAAGAAAACAAAUUGCCUCAUUUUGGUUUGUGUUAGUACUAGUAAUCAUCCAUGAUGCUCUUAUCCUGUUCAAAUGACCUUCAUUGGCUCUUUAGGCCUUUAAAACAAAGCUCACAGACAUUGCCUUGAUAUCUUAGAGAUUCUCUGAAGGGUCCCUAAGCUAGCCCUGCAGCACGGGUUGGAAAAAUCCAUAUUUUUGCGCGGUUUCUGUACAUAAAGAAAGUGGAUGGAACGGUAUGAGAAGUUAAAAAAAAACUAAACAUUUAUCUGAACAGGACUGUAUUUUAGAAAUAUAUUAUUUUAUUCAUUAUAAGGGGUCAAAACAGGAAGUUGAACUCUAAAUAUUUGUAUAGUUUUGUUUGAAUGCCUAAUAAGUAUGGUUGUAUUGUUUGUACAUAUUGUAAAUACUCUGGGAUAAGAUGAGCUAUGUGCAUGAAAAUCAAAGAUACAGAAAAAAAAAGAUGAUUUAAAACAAAAACAAACAAAAAAAAAGAACAGCAUUAGUGGCUAUGCUCUGUAAAACUUUCACUAUAAGAAUAUUUUAUUUUAUUUUGAAUGUUCUCACGAAGAACAAUUUGCUAAAGCAUGACCUUAUUGCAGAUAUGAAAAAUACCAUACUUAUGAGGUAGAAGAAAACAACAAGCAUUAUCAUUAGACAAAAAAAAAAAAAAAACGGUUGAGUUUUACAUCCGUUUGUUUCACGGGUUACCAAGAGUCUUUUUCUCCACUGGUGCCAGUUAAUGUGAACGCCGAGCAGAAGACGAGGCAGAGAAAUGGUAGAACAUUAACUUUCAUCAUUUCAUCCGCAGUGACCAGUGAAUACAUGAAGUGCCACAGACAGGAGAGGAUUUCACAAGUAACCUUUUAGUCUCCCAUGUUUCUCUUGUUUCUCAUAUUGUAAAUUCAAAACACAAAGAUGUUUUAACUUUUGUCUACGUUCGCGACAGUCUGUAUACAAAGUGACCAUGAUAUAUAAAUUAUAAGGCUGCUUGUUUUUUUUUUAUUUCUUUUUUUCUUUGAUGUUUUUUGCAACACUGACGAAAAAUUGGUGAUGGUUAAAGACGAGCAAGUCUUUCCUGCAUGAUGUGACUGGAUAUUUUGGUGCUAACAACAAUGAUGUAACAGGAUAAUGAGAAGAAACGCUUGGCCGAUGCCGCGCUUUGGCACUGAACCAGCUGUUUGCACAUUUAGGCAGUAAAGUAGCUUAUGUCACAUGUUCUAGCCAGCUUUGGAGGUGCAUAACUUCCUGAGCGUGUAAUAAGGGAGCGACCAUAAACGGGCAGCGCUCGAAAUAAGCUGAAAAUGAAAAUAAUGGCACACAAAUGGAUUUUUAAACAAGGUCACGAGUCUAUUUAGUUUGCCAUUCGUUUUUUAAAAUUACUGUUUAAGUGGUGCCAUGACGUGGCUCGUCCUCUACAACUGUUUGUAAAAGUUUUGUUCCGUUUUUUUUUUAUAUAUUUUGUUUAUCUAAGUGUGAACAGUUCCGAGUGUUCAUGUGGGAAGUGCCUAAUCACAGCAAAUUUCACUCAGCAUGCAAUGUAACAAACUGGACUGACCGACUAUUUGGACAAUGUAAAAGUGACUCUUCAUCAUGCUGACCAUUUAAUGUGUUAUUUCGUUUUCUUCUGAUAUGUUUUGUCCACACUGCAAAAAGCUCAGUUCGUAUUUAAAGCCUGUCGGAACUGCCAGUCAGGAUUCCACAUCCAGUCCUACAUCCAUCCAUCCAUCCAUCCAUCCAUCCAUCCAUCCAUCCUUUCAUUAUGAAGCAGUUUAGGAUGUCUGCUAUUGCACUGCUGGAGCCACAUGAGAAGGUCUUAUUAUGCUUGCAUGGGAAACAUAGAUAACCGGGUGACUAAAGCACACCCAGAGCAUGCUUAUUUUUGUAGAUUUGUUAGGCAGAUAGAUUCGAGGAAGAAAUAAUGUUCUAUAAAGCAAUGCUGGUUUAGUAGCUCAUACAUCCUCGGAGGGUACAGGGUUAUAGGAACGGAAAGGCAGACGAGAGGCGUUCAGUGGAUAGGAUCAAUCAGUAUUAACAUGUUCUUGAGUGGCACACACAUUUCUCAAAAUAAGGUUCUAACCGUUUCCAUUGCAUUCAGCCACAUCAACAAGUCAGCUGUUGAUGUUCAUGUCUUCACGCCACAUUUUACGCAUGCACAUAAAAGUGAUGUGUCCUAUAUAUAUAUAUAUAUAUAUAUAUAUAUAUAAAACAUAUAAAACCGGGUCAGAACGAGCAUUGUACUUGCAGGCAGUGGAUAACCGUGACCUCUAGAGUGAAUCUCCUAGCGUUAGUGACAAGUUAGCCUCACUUUUUGUAUUUUUUACUCAGGGUGCCAAAACUGGGGAGGGGGAAGUGGAGCAGGUCACUGGAGAAUCAGCUGCUGCUUACUGGGAAAAUGAGCCAGAGCCGAGUCCCGAUCAACUUACUGUGAUUUUGAUUAUUCCAUGCUGUUCAUUUUUAUCGAAAAACAAAAAAGAAAAAACACAUACAAAGCUGAUUUGUUUCGUGUACCGUAGGAAUAACCGCAGGCCCCAAAAAAGCCCCAUCGAAACGCGAACACGACAGUAGGAAGAAAGGCAUCCCAGGGUAGUGGAGAUAUAAUUAGUGGUGUGUGAGCUACAGUCCUGUAUGUGCUUACAUUUCAGACUGAAACACUGCCAUUAAUAGAUGUAGAGUAUGAAUUUAGAAAAAAAAAAUAAAAAAAAGGUACAAGGUAAUAAAUAAUAAAUAACAGUAUUGACCUCAUUUUUAAUGUAAUAGAUUCCCUCUUUUAUUUCACCUUCGAGCUGUUGGGUGCUUGAGAGAUGUUAGAUGGGCCAUGGACUCACAGGGCAUGAGAUUCUCCUGAAAUGCUUACCAAAUGAUCAUCACAGCCCAGACAUGGUCUCAUGAUCAGCUCACAGGCAUCUAGCUUAGGUUAGUGGUUUUCUUUCACACAUUAUUGAAACUACCUUUCCUGCUUUUCUGCACCCAUCCUCAAAUAAAACAAGGCACAUCGACGUAACCGAGCCGAAAUCUGUCUCACAAAACUUUCCACUUGUGGACACAGAGCAAUAAACAUGUUUUAUGAAGUUGAGACCUGCAGAUCUUAUGGAGAUUCAAAAAAAAAAAAACAAUUGGACACAUGCAAACUUACACUUAUGCAAAUGCCGAUAGGCUGGUGUGAGAUUAGUGUUCAGUAGGCCUAGUUUAUGGACAGCAGUUAUAGGACAUCUUUUACAGACCUGCACGUUUUCAUCACUCCCAAAACCCAGAAAAAUAGCGGCCCUGCUUUUAUUCUAGGCCACCGGGGCCGACACUUUGCAUGUGUAACUAGUGUUAGAGCUCUUUUUCUCUCUCCUCUCUAGCUGUCUUUCCUUGCUAUAUAGCCUUUGUCCUUCCUCUUUUUCUCCCCGAUUUGUUCAACCGUUCAUUUAUUUUUCAAACUUUGUGUAAAAUGGAGUAUUAUUUCUCUUUCGUUUCUCCCUACUCCUUAUGUAAGUUUUAUUUUUGUAACUGCAUGUUAAACCGUCACUGAAAUGAUGGAUAUGUUAAAAAAAAAAAGAGAACUCAGCUGCUGAAGCCAUGCAAAAUGUUUUGAAUUGCCCUUAAAAUAUGAAAGAUGUUUUCUGAAUGCUUUAUAUUCUUUCUGCUGUAAAAUAAUAAAAAGG